AUGAUUAGUCAGGUGCUGAGCGCUGAUGCAGAGCCCAAAAAGAAGCUCAAACACAUUGUCAUGGCAGCAACUCGGGAACAGAGAUUUGAGAGAGUAACAAAGAAUCUGAAAGUGGCAAGAGUGUUCAACACAUUAGUAGAGGAAAUGAAAGCAAUGGGACUUGCAUCAACUGAUGAUUCACAAUGUACCGAGGUGAUGGCUCCGGUGGCACACAGCGAUAGAAGUCCAGUUCUUCUAUUCAUGGGCGGUGGGAUGGGAGCAGGCAAAAGCACUGUGCUUAAAGACAUUCUCAAAGAACCAUUUUGGAUUGGAGCAGACACAGUAGUAAUCGAGGCAGAUGCCUUCAAAGAAUCUGAUGUGAUUUACAAGGCCCUUAGCUCUAGAGGUCAUGCAGAUAUGAUUCGUACAGCUGAACUAGUGCAUCAGUCGUCUACAGAUGCAGCAUCAUCUCUUCUAGUGACUGCGCUAAAUGAAGGACGUGAUGUAAUAAUGGACGGUACACUUUCAUGGGUACCAUUUGUUGUGCAGACAAUCACAAUGGCGAGGAAUGUCCAUCGUCGCCGCUAUCGAAUGGGAGCUGGUUAUAAAGUUGGGGAAGAUGGGGCUGUAACUGAGAACUACUGGGAGAGAGUCAGCGAAGAAGAAAUACAACUUCAAGGUGGCAAGAAGAGAAAACCCUACAGGAUAGAGCUCGUUGGAGUCGUGUGUGAUGCGUAUUUAGCAGUUAUUAGAGGCAUGAGGUAA